AUGGAACAGCAGGAGGAAGGGACUGGGCCCGAAGGGAACAACCCGUCCCUGCCAUCACCUGGGCCUGAGCCGUGGCCCUCUGGGCCAUUCCCAGCCUUGCCACCUUUUCCCCUGGGGACCCCAGAUCCAGCCCACCUGGGGCUCCCUGAGAGCUUGGCCUCUGUCACCGUCCCCAUCCGUCUGGACGCCCUCUCCUACCUCCUGCACAGUGCCCUGCUGGGGGCCUACACCUUUCAACAGUCCUUGCCCUCCUGCCCCUGCAACUCACAGGCGUGCCGCUCCCAGCCAGGCACCGCCACGAGGCCAUCCAGGGGACGUGGGGGCUGGGACGUCCGACGCAGGCCAGGCCGGGGCCAAGGCCAGCCGCGAUGGGGACCCAGAAGGGUGGAACAGCCGGAGAAGGGCUGGCGGGGGGGGUCUGGGGCUGGCCCCAAGACUCCCCCGGUGAUGCCAGCCUCACCACCAAGGCUGCCUGCCCAGGAUGGGAAGACGGAAGCCGGAGGUCGGGAGACACCCCACGACGUGCCAGCAGCUGCAGCAGAAAACUGGGACUCAGAAUACUAGGACCCUGAGGGUGCAGCUCCCCAAACUCCUGAGAGGGCCCCUCAGGGUCACCAGGAGGGUUUUCCUGGAGCCCCAGGGUGACCUCAGCUAUGGCAGAGAUGCCCCAAGAAACAUCGUGCUCCCAUCUCUUUUCCCCCAAAACCAUAGCCUCCUGCCAGUCACCCCAUGAAACAUGGACCCGACCUAGGAUCCCACACCAGAGAAAACCCUGAGCCUCACCC